AUCAGUUUCAACCAGAACUAAGCAGAACUAACAAGCACACACAGCACAGUUCAAAAAUAAAAACAUAAAAUGGCAGUUAAGAUGAUCAUUUUCGCCGCCUGCGUGGCCACCACACUCGCCCAAUACGCCGCCCCAGCAUACCCAGCGCAUCACGCUGAAGCUGAACACGCAUACGCCCCAACCCCGUACAACUUCGAAUACAGCGUAAACGACCCACACACUUACGACGUGCACAGCCAAUCCGAAUCCAGUGACGGAAACGGUAACGUCAAGGGAACUUACAGCCUUUUGGAAGCCGAUGGUUCCACCCGCGUCGUCGAAUACACCGCCGAUGACCACAGCGGUUUCAACGCUGAAGUCAAGAAAAUCGAAGGACACAGCCAAGGUUAUAAAGCACCGUACAGCACACCUGCCCCAGCCUACAAGCCAGCUUACUCCGCACCCGCAUACUCUGCACCCGCUCACUCUGCACCAGCAUACUCUGCACCAGCUUACUCUGCCCCAGCCUACAAGCCAGCUUACUCUGCACCAGCGUACUCUGCACCAGCUUACUCUGCACCAGCUUACUCAGCACCCGCACACUCUGCACCAGCUUACUCAGCACCCGCACACUCUGCACCAGCUUACUCAGCACCCGCACACUCUGCACAAGCUUACUCAGCACCCGCACACUCUGCACCAGCUUACUCAGCACCUGCACACUCUGCAUCCGCUUACUCCGCUCCGGCCUACAAACCAGCAUACUAAUUUAUUUAGUUGAGCACGCUACUUUCCACCAUUUUUCUUUCACAUUUUUUUCAUGCACCAUUCAUCUAUAGUGUUCACCAAUGUGAAUAACCAUGGUUGCUAAUUUAAACAUUUAAACAUUAUUUCAUUCAUGUGUUAAACAUUUAGUUUGACUAUUGUAUUUAUUGUGUAAAUAAAUGCAUGCAAAUAUGUAUUUAUUGUA